CGAAAGUGCAUCAACCAGUAUCGCAUGUUCGACAAAUGAAUUUCACAGCGAAUAGUUAAAUGAACGUCAGAAAAUAGUAUCAACAAUGCGGUAGUGGGAUACGAACUUACGAGCGUGUAGCGUACUGCGGACGGAGUUGCGUCGUGGCGGAGGGCGGGCGGUUUGCGCAAGCGCGUCGCGGACGGGCGUGACGCGGUACUCCCGCACAGCUGACGCCAGGGCCCCGUGACGCGACGCGGCCACGCAUCGAUUUCGCGCACGUCGUCGUGGAAAUCAGUCGGAUAAUGCCACACGUCGCUAUUUAGUGAACAAAGUGUUACCUGUAACAGAGUGCACGUCUUGCGUAUCCUGCUCGAUCCCGAUGAUGGUGAGACGAAGCGGACGUUACACCGUGAACUGGCGAGGAUUCAGAGACUUCGCUUUCGGUAGUAAGCCUCCUGACGAAGAGAUAGAAGAACCAAAACCGGCUGAAGACUUGGCAAAUCAUGAAGUCAUAUUCCUCAAAAGCAUUGUGGAAAGUCCGGAUUUCGCAAGGAAGUAUGGUUGUGCUGAUUCAGAAGAGGACCUGCUCGUAAAACCCGUAUCGCUGGGCAAUGUAAACAUAAUCAGGUCGCUAAGUGAGUACCGUGGAAACAAUAUACGGACUAUUGAGCAAGCCGAACUAGCUAUCAUUGUAUCCAGGGCACAUUUUAAGGCACUAAUAGAAGCUCAUGACCAAAUAGGUAAAAUUUGGUUGGAAAGAGGAUCUGGUAUAGAUGACAAGUUGAUACCAAACGAAUUUCCUGACCUGAUAGAAUUUUCAAAAGAGAGUCCCGAGGGUAACGGAGAUAUGCCUAUAGAAACAGUAAAAGUUGUAGGUCUUAGAAAAGUACCAGGACAACCUUUAGGUUUGACUGUGACAACCGAUGAGCAUGGACAGCUUAUUGUUGCAAGGAUACUUGCAGGAAGUGCAGCAGCAAAACAAGCCUUAGUAUCUGUUGGUGAUGUUCUACUGGAGGUAGACGGGGUUCACAUUGAAUCAGAGGAGCAACUGAAGGAAGCUGUAGCAAAACCAAAUGAUAGGGUCACUCUUAAAGUUGGACCUAACCUUAAGGAAAAGAGCUCUCAGCUAACCAAUAAGUUAACUUGCUAUGUAAGAACACUGUUCGACUAUAACCCAACUCAAGACACCUUAAUACCGUGCAAAGAAAUAGGAUUAACAUUCAAGAAGGGUGACAUAUUACAAAUUUCUGAUAGAAAGGACCCAAACUGGUGGCAAGCAAGUCACGUCGAGAGGCCCGAAAUAGUAGGUUUGAUACCGUCUCCGGAAUUAGAAGAACGAAGAAAAGCAUACGUCCCACCCGAGGCUGACUUUGUACAUAAAAUCAGCAUUUGUGGAGCACGGAUAUCGAGAAAGAAAAAGAAAUUUGUUUACGAGUCGCGGUCGUCGGUGCAAUUGGAAGGGGCCGAGCUGGCUCUGUACGAGGAAGUGGCCCGCACGCCCCCCUUCCUGCGGCGCGUGCUGGCGCUCGUCGGCACGCGCGGCGUCGGCAGGAGGACGCUCAAGAAUAGGCUCAUACAGGACUACCCCGACCGGUUCGGGGCGGUCGUGCCGCAUACGUCCCGUCCCCCGAGGCCGAUGGAGGAGAACGGUCAGUCGUACUGGUUCGUGUCGCGCGAGGAGAUGGAGCGUGACGCCCACGCCGGCCGCUUCCUCGAGUACGGGGAACACAACGGGAACCUGUACGGCACCCAUCUGGACUCCAUACGAGCCGUCAUCAAGGAAGGGAAGAUGUGCAUACUAGACUGUGCUCCGCAAUCUUUGAAACUGUUACACAACAGCAGCGAAUUCCUGCCGUACGUCGUGAUGAUAACGGCGCCUGGUAUUGAGCAGCUGAAGAAUCUCACUCACGCCUCCAACCGAAAUUUGACCUUCGACAGGCAGAGCUCCAUCCGCUACAGUUCGAGACGCGCCCGCACGUUAGAGUCGCUUGCAUCCCUUUACGAAGAAGAAGAUUUGAAACAAACUCUGGAAGAGAGCGCUCGAAUUCAACGACAAUACGAGAAGUACAUAGACUUUGUGAUCACUAACAACAACUCCGAUACAACCUUCUCGAAGAUCUUAGACGCAUUGCACGCUCUCUCUACCGACCACCAGUGGGUGCCGGUCAGCUGGAUAUAUUAAACAAAAAAAAAAACAUUAAAAAAACUGCGACUGAGCAAAAAAAAAUCAAUAAUUACCACAGCACAUUAUUGCCAGACUUAAAUUUUUAUACGCGCACAUAAUGUUAAUAACUUACGUGAUGUCAAUACAAUAAAUAAAUUACAUACCAAACAGCAAACGAACGUAAAAAUUACAAAAAAAUGGAAGCGAUCUGUAUAACAUGUUGAUUUGUCUUCUAAUAGUUGUAUGGUUCCGAAUUGGAGACUUAAAAGGUAUCGUUCAUUACAAUAUAAUUAUAACAGAUAUAAUUACAACUCUAGAGUUGUAUAAAUUGAUAUGUCUGUUUUUAAACAACCUACCUACCUAGAUGGAAAUUACUUUCAAGUUCAAAAGACAAGUUAGACUACCUAUGUGAUUUUUUUUAUUUUUUUGCCGUGUCUUUUAGUCCUUCCAGUGGAAUUACAAACCCAUGAAAGGUCGCAGUGAGCAACCACGAAAAUAUGUAAUUAUUUAAAUGAAAUUUAUAAUUACUUUUUUGCAAUAUCUUCUAGUAACUUUGUCGUAACAAAAUAAAUCAAUACGUUAUAAGCUUAUUAUAGCUAGUUGAAAUAGAUUUAAUUUCAUUCAGUUAUGUACCUCUCUACUUAGAUAAACGGUAAAUCGCAAUUAUUACCAAAAUGUAUUUCUUUUAAAUCUCACUAUUAUUAUAAAAAAAUUAAAAUUAUAUUUUACCAUACAGCAACGAGUAGUGUAUUAUCUAUCAUUUUCGAAGCAACUAGUAAAAUUAAGAAAUGUUACCAUGUUUAAAAAUAAUCUUUAUAUUGCAAUAAAACUUACUUUUUACAAAAUUUCAUUAAUAAAUUGUAUUUUAGUAAAUUAAAGCAUUCGAUUUGAAAUUAAAAAAAAAUAGCACAAAGCUGCUAACUGCUUUCAAUUGACAUCACCUUUAUUAUGUAUAUCAUUUAUGUAACCUAAAUAUAAGGAACGAGACAUCACAGGUACUACUGGAUUUAUUUAAACACACGCAUGUGUAUAAAACAACAUGAAAAGUAUUAUCAAGUGUACAAUAAUUAUAAAAAAUAUCAUAUUAUACAAUAAUAUAAGUAUUGUUAAGUAUUGACAGAACGUGCCACAUAAGCUUCGCAACGCAAUCUUGGGAUAAAACGAGUCAUUCCAUACAAAAAAAAUGUGAUUACAGCUAUCUUAAGCAGAGCGAGCUUCUUUUGUUAAACUCUUUAAUCUCUCUCGUGAAUCUCUCGUAAACUAAAUCUCACUCUUGAAAUUAUAAUAUCAUAUUAUUUUGCAAAGAGAAAGUCCCACCUUCACAGAGAUGAGAAAAUGAUUAGAUUUAGGAUGUUAGGAAUAAUGAAUGAACGAUUGUAUAAUUGUCAUAGCAUAGGCUAUGACAAAUAAAAACUGUUAAAAAUAUAGAUUUUUAACAGUUUUUGUAAGAAGCAUGUUGCAUUUAAAAAAGAACACGCUUUGAUUUUGGAUAUAAAGUGGCAAUUAAAAAUGUUAUCAUAGUUUAUUUGCAAUUUAAUAUAACUGUUUUUAUAAAGUCUGUAUCAACGGUGGAGAGAAAUCGAUAGUUUUAUUUUAGAAAUAACUAUUACGAUGUAUUUCCGAUUGAUUUAUAUUGUUAAUAAUUCACAUCACAAUAAUCACACGUUUAUUUCAAUUUUUAUUUAUUUAUAUUAAAGGUUUUGUAGAAUUUGCAGUCAUUCACUCUUUAAUGUUAUUAUUAUGGUGCCGAUUAUUUUGUCUCGGCUUAAGAUUUAUUAAUUUUAGAUUUAAUUUAGUGUUUACAUUCCGUCCAUUUUCUUUUAAUAUUAUAAUAUAAUUAUAAAUGUUUUGUAUUUUUUUCCCAAUUUAGCAUUAUGUGAUCUUUUAUUUUUCUUACUUAUUUUAUGUAAUAAAUGCAAGCUAUUUGGAGUAAA